AGUCCAGCCACAGCCACUGCGUGAACUGGCCUGGAAGAGCUGAUUGCACGGAGCUGCUUUUGCUACUGCCUGCCUGCCUCACUCGUGCUCUUUCGAACACGGCAACAAGAGGACAAGCAACCCUUCUGAGCACGCUCUUCAGUCAGGUGUCUGACACGCAAGAACUGUAGAGAACCAGGACAAUGGCUGCCAGCAAGAACAAGAACCAGAGUUCUCUUGCUCUCCACAAAGUAAUCAUGGUUGGCAGUGGAGGUGUGGGCAAGUCGGCACUCACACUUCAGUUCAUGUAUGACGAGUUUGUGGAAGACUAUGAACCCACAAAGGCUGACAGUUACAGGAAGAAAGUGGUUCUGGAUGGUGAAGAGGUCCAGAUAGACAUACUGGACACAGCAGGACAGGAGGACUAUGCAGCCAUUCGAGACAACUACUUCCGCAGCGGGGAGGGGUUUCUGCUAGUGUUCUCCAUAACGGAGCAUGAAUCCUUUACAGCAACAGCAGAGUUCCGGGAACAGAUCCUGCGCGUGAAGGCUGAAGAGGACAAAAUACCUUUGCUCGUGGUGGGAAACAAAUCCGACUUGGAAGAGCGCAGACAGGUGCCUGUAGAGGAGGCCAGAACUAAAGCAGAGGAGUGGGGAGUGCAGUAUGUAGAGACUUCUGCCAAAACUAGAGCAAAUGUGGAUAAGGUAUUCUUUGAUUUGAUGAGGGAAAUCAGAGCGAAGAAAAUGUCAGAAAACAAAGACAAGAAUGGCAAGAAAAGUGGCAAGAACAAGAAAAGCUUUAAAGGAAGAUGUUGCUUACUGUGAUACUUGGGAACUGUAAAGAUCUACAGAUGGAAUAAGACACUUACCACUAAGGAUAUAGGGCUGGAUUCAUGGAAGGAAGUCUGUAUUAACUUUUUUUUAUUCACGUAUCGCCUCUUCAAAAUGCAAAAACUUUGACUUACGAACCACUUAGGGGUCAGCAGAAACCUGAGCCCACUUUACACUGAGAUGGUUUUGCCUUCCCAGUAACAUUGAAGGCUACAGUUUUUACCAGUAAAUGUAGCAUUAUAGGGGUGAUUCUGCCUGCUGUAGAAGUAUUCCCGUAUGAAUUUCAUAAUAGUAUCUCAAUGCCUCUUUGAAAUCUGGCUUUUCCUGAAGCUGCAUUGGUUUAAAAGUCACGCAUCAAAUUUUGGGUUGAACUUACUGUCUACACUCCCCAACUUCAAAAAAGUGGAUAAACCCAAUAUCUGGUAAGGCUUUGAGUUUGUCUCGGGUAUGGUGGUUAUACACUCCUCUUCCUCCUUCUCUACCCUCCAUCCCCUCAUUCAGCCUCUCAACCGUAAGAUCUACUUGAUGUCUCAGUACUUUGAACUGAUGCAAGGGAGUCCUACCUCCAGUGGUUGUUGGCUUCUGCCUGCCCAACAGUCAAUUCAGGAUUCAUUAAUCAAGCCUGUACACUCAAUUGGACCUUAUUUUGGUAUUGUAACACUUAAUAUAUAAAAUACCGGCCAGCUGUGUUCCCCCACUGGCCUCGUUCUUUUCUCUCAUAAUGUUUAAAUUAUUUGGAGGGGUGGGAAAAUGACCUAAAGCUGCCUUUAUAUAAAAAAAAAAAAAAAAAAAGUGGAGGUGCCAGUUAGAAUGACCUUGAUAGGAAGUGUUGAGGCUACACUGCUAAAGUCACUUUCUUUUUUUUCCUUCCUCCCCUCAAUUACCUAGACUAGAGAGAAAGCGUAAUUCUGUUUACUUCUUGCACUAGCAGUCAUGUUGGAGAUGUAGAAACUGCAUUUCUGCUCUGUCUUGUUUAAGACUAACACACUUUUGAGGAAGGAGAUGGACCACAUCACAGCACCGUAAAGCUGAAACCAGUGUGAGGCUUCACUGCUACCUCUCAGCUUGACACAAUUACUUAGCUAGGAAGUUGCUAAAUGUCCAACAGCUAGGUUAAGCAGCUGUCACUCUUUUUGUUAAUGCUGUUAACUUUUUAAUAUAUUAUUCCUCAUGCACAUGUAUUUAAAGUAUGGAAACACUUCAAGGUUUGCUUUUUAGUUUUACUGAAAAAAUCACAUUCCUAAAUCAGGGAGGGAAGGUCGGUAUUUAGCAGUUCAUAUCUUCUGUCAGACAGUUUACACUAUAAUAUUAAAAGGGUGGUUCAGUAGAUUUAAAUGGAGGGGAAAAAGUCCUUCUGGGUGUUGCUAUUGCAGAGAGAAUCAGUUGAUUUCUUUCUGCUUCUAGAAUGCAUUUUAUACAACUGGCUAGUAAAUGAUGGUAAGACCCCUAACAUGGAUUAUAAUCAACUGUAGACAGAAGUUUCCCAUUUAAAAAUUAGUCUUUUUUUUCUAACUACUUAAUCUAGCUUGUUCCAAGUUUAUUCAAAUUUGGCUACAGGGAGAGAAGAAGCUGAGGGAAAUGCUGUUGUAAAGUCUUCAAUAAGCACUAAAUCAACCUUAUUACUCCUGCUUCAGGAGGGUGAGGGUACAGAGGCAGGGAAAAUUCAAAGGUGAAUAUUGUAACUCUAAGGUUACUAGACUGUUCCUAUAACCACAUUGCUGCUUUUGUGCAUCCCACUUGAGGAUUUGGAAAGGAAAACUAAAGGUCAGCCUUGUGGAGGCCUUGGACUGAAGUCUUGCAGGGACUUCAGAGUUUCUCAGCCUGCAGAUUCAUUGUCUUCCAUGUUUUGGUUCUGUUUGUCAGGUUAACCCAUUUGAUUGGGAAAACUGUACAUCUAAUAAAGGGUGCUGUAAUCUGUCUAAUUGUCAAGUUAAAUUUCUGCCUGGUUUGUGGUGUCAUCUUUUGGCCAGAAGGAGCAGUCAGCUAAGCUUGACUAUAAUCAAGCUAGUUUGAUUAAUACCACAAAAAUGUGGGAACAGUGUGGUUUGGGCGGAGGGGUGUGGUUUUACAGAUGUUGCAUUUAAAUCCAGAUACAAAGGUUCAAACCAGUUUGCUGCACAACUUAAAGGGGUGCAGUUGGUUGGGGGGGGAGGGAAGGUUUUGCCGAUCUCUUCCUCCCCAUGCAAUCUUGGAUGCUUCAGUAUUGUUCAGCUCCAAUAGGCCGACAUCCACUUCUUACUGUCUGUCUCUGUCUGAAAAAUGAGCUGGCUUUCAGUCUUCUGUUGCUGGCCUCUAGUCCCUAUUCAAGCUCCUUCCAAAUGCUCAAGCAAUAAGCACAGCGCUUUGGUGCUUGAACUGCAAAUACAGCGAGGAAUGUUCCCCUCUUGAAUAAUACCAGUCUCUUUAAAGUUUCUCUAUCCAGUGUCUUUGUCCAGUAUUUUCCACUUAGUCAUGGUUGCAGUGUUGGUUGGUGAGAAUGUAUUAACUGUAGUGUUGCUCAGCCUGGAUGGGCAGAUCCAGGAUUUUGUGAAGCGGGGUGGGAGUAGCAGCUAGUGCUGCCGGGGCAGCUACACUCCCUGCUGCUGUCCCGCCCCCCCCCCCCCCCGGUGGAUAUACCUAUCACCAGUGGGGGACUCUUAAAAACAAAUGUCCCAAUUUGGCUAAGAAUCCUCCAUCCCCCUCUGUGCUUCCUUCUCCCGACCCUCUUUGCAGCCACUGUCUCUGGCGGUGAAGGAGAAGGGGGUUUUGGAGCAGCUCCUGCCCUGCUCCAGCCAUGCUGUAUGGGGGCCAGAAUCUGCUGGGGACAACAAUGGCAUGCAGGUUCCUUCCCUUCCUCUAGCCAUGCCUGCUCCUGGGCAGGGGGAUGGGGCAGGACAUCUCCGGGGACAGAGCAGGGAGGAGUAAUGUGCCUGCUUCCGAUGCUGUCCCCAGAUGUGGGGAUGGGGAGGAGAUAGGAUGUGCCAUGGAGCAGGGGGAAUUCUGCCUGCUGAUCCAAGGGCAUCACCUUUAAAGGGGAGAUGUCUGUGCCAUUGUGCCCCUUCUGGAUCUGCCCCUGUGACUGGACCUUUGCAGGGUGGGGGGCAGGAACAUAUGAAAUUUAUCUAACUCAGAUAAAUAUUUCACUAACAAAUAGACAGCUCAUCUCUACCAUUUGUAGACAGCUGUAGAUGUUAGACCAAUAUCCCAGAUCCCGUUCAUCUAAAAGUUUGUAGUAUUAAAUAGGAAGGACUACUUGUUAAACACAACAGAUGUGGUGGUGUUAAACCACGUGUUACUGCCUCCACAGCAGCCUGAAUAGGGAAAAAUAGCACUUUUUAAUAUGAAGUCUAUUAUCCUCCAGUCCUGAUAAUAAGCAAUUUUUCCUUUUGGAGUCUUGCUUCCUUCUGAAGAAGGAGCUUGCUUAGCUGUUCUGUCUUGAAUGAUGGACUUUGUAGAAGGCAUCAUCAGAACAUGUUAUGAGCUCUGCCACUCAAUUACGCCAAAAUAUUGAUGUUGCAGCUCUUCCGCAUUCAGGGCAAAUGGAGAAGAACUUAUUUUCUUCAAGUGGCCUUGGUACAAACAGCUCUAAUAUUACAAAGAGCUACCUCGACAAAGUGUGUGCGUGUGCAUACAUGCCUGAACACCACCCUGGCUUGGAAGGGCUGUUCCAGACCAGCAUUUCUCAACCUAUAGCUUGUGACCCAAAAGUGGGUGGCAAGAAUAUAUGAAAGGGCUGCAAACAAAACUUUUAAAAAUGGAUCAACAAAGUUUAAAAAUGGAUUUUCCUUGAAAGGAGAAAAACAUGGGAAACUGGCUUUGUCCUUGUAGGCUGAACUGACAGCCUGCAAGGAGCUGCUUGAGGGGGCCCCCAUGUCCGAUACACCCACCUCCUGCCCCACAUAUUGGACUGGGACUGGCUAUCAAUGUUUACAAAUGGGUCCUGGUACAAGAAAGGUUGAGAACCACUGUUCUAGACUAUGAUGGUCCAUGCCCAGAGAACAGGUGCCAAACCAAGAAGUAAGCUGGUGAGGUUGCUGUGGAUUCAUAUUCAUGGGCCACUCUAGCUUGCUGGAGGCAAAGGGCUUGAGUGUCCUCUCCAGGGACCUUUUAAAGUUCUGGGGCAUGCCAGGUGGACAGGGCACGCUAGGGUCUGUCUUCACUGGAUCAUGCUCCUGCAACAUACAUGCAUUUAGUUGUGCACAGGUACAAUAGUCUGCCUUUCAUGAAGGAGAAAUAUGUCACCCCUUCAUCGUCCUACCAGAAAAGGCAGCAGAGUUGAGUGGCCUCAAGUGACUCUUUGACUGGAAGUUUCUCAGAAGAACAUUUGAGAGGUGGUUGGGACUGCAGCUUUAAAGGGUGGAGGAAAAAUGUGGCUGCUUCUGUGAAAUUCCCUUCACAUCAUCUAAAUUAAGAUGAUGCAUGUAACCUAUGAGCAUCUUAAAUGUGAAAAACAAAGAGGAUGUGGUUGAAAUCAGCGAGCAAGUACAUCUUCCUGCGCAUUAUGAAUUAAGGUAAUUGGAGGGUUAUUGCAUGUACACCAGCAGGUUCUGGAGGCCAAAAUCUUAUAAGCUUGGAAUUUGUAAGACAAAGAGAAGAUUGAACUAGCAUUUACAUUUUAAACUUGCUGUUUCAUUACCUUGGCUUUGGGAAGGCAGGCAUGUUUGUGAAAUAGUUGCACUUUACACCUUCAAGACUUCAAACCUGAGAUGUGAAUGUCAAGAAUCCCAAUACAGCAGGGGUGGGCAAAAUACGGCCCGGGGGCCAGAUCUGGCCUGCCAGGCCGUUCUAUCCGGCCUGCGGGGCCCCUAAAAAUUUAGAAAAUUAAUAUUUAUUUGCUCCUAGCUGCCUGUCAAGGAUGACAGGAGCCAGGGGCGGUAGGGCCCAGAGGAAACUGAUGGCAGGACGCAGCAGCAAGGCCUGCCCAGUCUUUGCCCCCCAACCAGAAACCCCAGCCUAGCAGAGGCUUCUGGCCUGGGACCAUGGGGCUGUUCCUGCUUCCCUGUGCCAGAGAGGGAAAUGCGGCCCUCAACAGCUUGCCAAAACUUGGUAAGCGGCCCUCCACCCAAAAUAAUUGCCUGCCCCUACAAUACAGCAAAGUAGGGCUUGAUGGCAGGGGCAUGGGGAUACAGGACUCCUUGUGUCUGCUGUCAUCCAGUUCAGGAGGUGAGUGCAUAUUUUGCCUGGGUUUCCAUUCUGGGCUAUAUGAUCUCUAGGACUAGAACUUCUGGCUAAUUUACUUCAAUAACAGUCUUCAUGUUUGUUAAAUUCCUCAACCAUUUUCUCCUUUUUAGAAGGUAUCUGCCACCUGGAUUACUGGCAGAAGUAGAGUUGAAUGUGGAGAGAAGCCACCUCUGUCACCUGUGCCAUAUGUGCUUUGACACGAGUUAACAGCCAGUUAGUCCACCAUCUGCACAAGUGCUGGAUAAAUUCAUUUAGCACUGGUUUUUCUAGGGCUUGAAACACAUGCAUGUCUUUAAUGCCUAUUAAGCUUCAAUACAAUGAGGCAGUCAACUUGAAAAUUUCAUUAGACUAAAACAAGCUGUUUAUGCAUUUGAGGAGUGAAUUUGCUUAAUGUACCUGACUAUCAAAGCUAUAAAGAUGAGUUUGGCAUAUUACCAAUAAAGGGGGUGGGGGAGUUAUUCCUUGCCAUGCCAAAUCUCUGUAUACAACAUCAGGCCGAAAGCAUUUUAAUUUGUGGGGAGGACCAAAUGAAUUAAACCUUGGAAACAAAUAUAACUGCAAAAAAAUACCCAAGUCUUUGAUUUCCUGAAUGGCAAUUUAGUUGGCUCAAAGCUGGAGAGGAAGGUUUUUAAUUGUAGCAAUUGCUAUACAUGUUCCUACUGGAUUCAGGCAAAUGGCAAUUUCUAAUAUGCUGGCCUUGCUGGAAUGACAGGAGUUUUUCCUCUUGUGAAAAGAUUUCAUCUCUUUAACCCAAGGAACUGUAUUGGGAGUGAUACACAAGGUACAGGAUUUAAAGGGGGGAAAAAUUCCUCUUCAAACUGUUGUGCUGUACCAUGUAAAGUCUCCUUUACUUUGUCUCAAAGUUUUCAUCUCUCAAAUGUUGCACAAAUUCCUUUUUUUUUUUUCUUUUAAAUGGCCAAUAAUUGUGUUAGAAGCAUUAUGUGCUCAUCACCGUGCUAAUACAACUGAUUUGUAUUACUAUUGAUAAUAAAAGAGAAAUGGGUAUCAUG